AUGUUCAACAUGAUGACUCUUCGGGUUCUAUUGGCUACAUUCUUCAUCCCACAAUGGGUUUCUGCUUCACCAGCCCUGAAUAGCAGCAUAAAGACAUAUAGUUUUCCGGAAGGGCUGGAUCUGGCACAUGCCUACACCAUUCAGGUUCAACAAUCUACCGGGGGCUUGCAUACCGUUGAAUCCUACAACGCCAUCGUGUCAGAAGCCAAUACCACGUCCGGAAAGGGACUCGAGCACAACACUUCCUUUGCUUUGUUCGACUUUGAAGGACCCGUUAUGAUCUCCGUCACCUACAAUAAUGGGCCAGUAAGGUCUGUCGUCAUAAGACCAUAUUCAUAUAAUAUCUCGCCGACUGUGCAAGGAAAUACGAUCUCUUUUACGUUGGACCUACCGCGCAAUGUCGUAGUCCAAGUCAAUGACGAUGUGUUUGAUACCUUGCAACUUUUCACUAAUGCUGUUGAGACCGACAUUCCCAGUGAACAUGAUCCAAACGUGGUCUACUUUGGACCCGGCCUUGACAACGGCCCCUCCUCCAAGAACGGAACAUUGGUCGUACCAUCCGGUAAGACCGUAUAUCUUGCUCCUGGUGCAGUUGUUACUUCUCGAAUAGCCUUUCAGAAUGCGACCAGCGGUUUGAUCCAGGGUCGGGGCGUGAUCAACCCAAGAUCAUCGGGUGGUGUACUUAUCGAAUGGUCGAGCAAUAUCCUGGUAAAGGACAUUCUCAUUCUCGGAGCAAAAGGGUUCUCGGUCACAACGGGUACAUCGAAAAAUAUCACCAUGUUAGGAAUCCGAUCGAUGUCUUCCACCGGCAACGGCGAUGGAAUCGACUUCUUCUGCAGCGAGGAUGUUCUGAUCGAUGGGGUGUUUCUACGGAACUCCGACGAUAAUAUCGCUCUUUACCAGCAUCGCUGGAACUACUACGGCGACUCGAAGAAUAUUACGGUACAGAACUCAUCUCUCUGGGCGGACUGGGCUCACCCUAUCAAUAUCGGCACGCAUGGGAAUACCGAUAGCCCUGAGACCAUGGACGGGGUCACCAUCCGCAAUAUUGACAUCCUCGAUCAUCGCGAGCCGCAACUUUGGUACCAGGGGUGCAUUGCGAUCAACCCUGGAGAUAGUAACUUGAUUCAGAACGUUCAUAUUGAAGACGUACGAGUCGAGAAUUUCCGCCUGGGGCAAUUACUCAAUUUUCGGGUGAUGUAUAACUCCAAGUAUAACACGUCGCCGGGUAGGGGCAUUCGGAAUGUCUUCGUGAAGGAUCUGGUAUACCAUGGAUCCCAUGCAAACCCUUCGUUGUUUUUGGGAUAUGAUAAAGAUCGGAAUAUCUCAAAUGUCACCUUUGUCAACCUACAGAUUAACGACAAGGUAAUCGACGACAACAUGGCUAAACCAUCCUGGUACUAUACUGCGGAUUUUGUGCCCAUGUUUGCGAAUGAAUAUACAGGUUCCAAUCGUCUUCAUAACCCUAAACUACUUGUACAGAGACUCCCCAUGCCCCGCAAUUCAAGCCAUAUUCAUUGGUUCUAUGCGACGAUCUUCGCUUCAGCUCCACCAGAUGUAGGCUUCGGAGAGACUCCGAUAAAUCCGCCGGCGCUACUUUUCUCCUUCCAUGCGGGGGAAAAACAAUCUCCGCAAUCAUGCAACUUAAUGCGCUCUAAGGCAAACGGUCGGCCCGCACAGGACCAACGACCGCAACAACAAGACCAGGACGCCACCAAACCAGAAGACGAUAUCCCGGCCUGCCAGUCCUGCCGCAAGAAAAAGGCACGAUGUAGUCGUGAGCAGCCAUGUUCGCAAUGCGUGCGCUUUGAUGUCGCAUGCGUUUACGAUGACCGUCGGCUGAAGCCUGGGCUACGCGCAGGAGCCGUUGAUCAGCUCUACCGCCGGAUUGAUACACUGGAGAACAUGUUUCUCGGGCAAAGCGUUCUGUGGAAGCAGGUCUGGGAGGCGCUCCAUCCUAACUCGGCCUUCCCUGGUGCUCCGGAUGAGGAUUUGAAUAAUGAGGAAACGCCGAGUAGACAAUUCGUUCACGCGCGCGAAGCCAUGAAAAAUUCAAUGUCACAGCUUGCCGAGGCCAAGGACAAAGCAGAGUCUUCAAUAGAGGCAGAACCCAAUGAGGAUAAUGGUUUUCGGUCGCCAAAGCGACGAAAGGUCGAUGUGGUGUCUACUCCACAGCAGUUACUAAGGAGAGGGACAGACUUUGACAUCCUCAACUUGGACCUGGUGCACCAUCUGGUUGAAUUUUACUUUGCGAACAUCCACCACUGGAUUCCAAUUCUACAUGUCAGAAAAUUUCGAGAACAGAUUCAGACCUACAAGGGACGCCAGAAGGCUAUCCAUAUUCUGCAUGCUAUUGUCGCGUUGUGUAGUCGGUUCUCUAGCGAUAGCCGCCUAGGAAGCGAUACAGAGAAGGCUGAACUGGCAGAGAGAAGUAGGCAGAAUGUCAUCUUGAGUAGUAUGGAGUCAUUCUCCGUUGAGAAUCUCCAGGCGUUAGUCAUCAUUGCUUUUGAUACAAUUGGUCGUGGACGCGGCCCCUCGUCAUGGUCCAUCGUAGGAGGCAUGGCUCGCACAGUAGAGCAGCUUCAGCUGAGCGUUGAAGAAGAGCAUCUUUCCAGCCAUUCUCAAUCUGGCGAAACUUUAAUAAGGCGCAUGGCAUUUCUGAAACCAUCCACCUCCUGGAGUGAAGCGGAAGAAAGACGACGUGUCUUCUGGACCGUGUUUCUGAUGGAUCGCUUCUGCAGUGUAUCCACCGGUUGGAAUAUCAGUCUGACCAGUGCAGAUGUUAAGCGGAGACUACCCUGCGAAGGAGCACUCUGGGAGCAGGAAACUGAAGCAAGGCCGCCAUAUUUUGGCAUCUCAGACGCAAAAGCCGCCAGCCCACAUCGCCCCUUACUGGCAGAGAGCCGGAUGACGGCUGAUCCAAAGGAGCAAGAUUGUAUCGGGGGAUUUGCUUACUGCAUCGAAGCCACGGAGUCGCUUGCAUUAGUCACCAAUUUCUUUCUUCACCACGCCCUCGACAUCCGAGAUGCGGACAAAGCGCAGCUCUGGCUCAUGCGAUUCAAAGAGCUUGAUCUCCGUAUGGUCCAAUGGAAGUUUUUUCUGCCGCCAAAAUGGCGAGACGCGUCAGUGCUUAAUGCCGAUGGUAUCAUGGACCCUAACCUUACUCUUGCACAUACAACACACAACACAGCUGUAAUACUUCUCCACCAAGGAAUCGCCUACCCGCCAUUACACUGGAAGUCCUGCCCGGUCAAACUACCUUCAACAUCAUCGGCAGAAACAUGUCUCGAGGCUGCCUCGGAGAUCAGCACUAUUGGCCAACAAUUCCUUCUUUGCUCUCCCAUCCUCACGAACCCCCAGUUCUCCUUCUGCCUCUUUAUUGCCGGUAGAAUGCUCCUCACACAUUCCAAGUACUACGGUACCCCAAUACCCAGCUCGUUGGAUUCCCUUAUUGCCAGCUUAUUCGAGAUCUCCCGCCGAUGGGCAGGGCCCCAAAAUGUACAGGAUAACCAAAAGGAUAACCUCGCCUCGGGCUUUGCCAAGCGAUUGGUUCAAGCAAGGGACAACUUCCCUGCGCUAUCGAAACCCAGCUUAGAUAUCCGACAGACGGCAUACUCUGAAAAUACUGACGAUAGAGCACUCUCCAAGCAUGUAGAAACCGUUUCUACACCGACAGUACUUGAUGGCUCCUCGGUGCUACCAAGCCAUACGUACGUGGAACAGGAGCCCCCACUACCUAUACCCGAUAAUCACUCUGAUACUUCGGGUUUCACCGAUAUAGAUCCAUUUGGUAUUUCACUGGCAGAUCGAGACCAGUUCAACUCUCAACCAACACAUGUAUCCAUCUGGAACAACGCGACGAGCUCUCUAUACACUGAUGCACCAAUUGUAUUAAACUGCGCGUCGCCAGAGCAUCCGCAGGCAACACUAAGUCCUGGACAGAGGAUUAGUCGCUAUGGGGCAGUGGAAGUCGAUCGAGCGGCUGCCAUGGGCGAAGGAUCCGCACAUCUUGGCCACAGUACUUAGGAAGCUAGAUUCUGCUCUCGUUUAUAUACCUGCAAAUAGAGCUCCAACAUGACAGAACUUCGACAUUUUAUAAUCUAUCGCGUAUACCUCUAUUCGAGAAUCUGUGU